AUGGCUGCUUCUGGGGGUCACAUCCAGCGCCUCCACGAUGAAGCCACUUGCUCCAUCUGCCUGGAUUACUUCAAGGAUCCAGAAGCACCAGGAGCACCUGAAACUCUUUUGCAAAGAGGACGGAGCCCCCAUCUGUGUGGUGUGUGGUCCAAGGAGCACAAAUACCACGAAGUGAUUCCUCUGGAGGAGGCAUCCCAGGAGUACAAGCGGCUGUUCUAUAGCCAGCUGGAGAUUCUGAGGAAAGAGAGAGAGAACAUUCUGUCUUAUCAAGCAGACACAGAAAAGGAAAGCCAAGACCUCCUUAAAUUAACAGAAACUGAGAGGCUGAAGGCUGUGGAGAAGUUCAGACAACUGCGCCAGUUCCUGGAAGAAGAAGAAAAACAUCUGCUGAAUCAUUUGGAAGAGGUGGAGAAGGAGAUUGCAGGGAGAAGGGAUGAGCAGCUGGCCAAACUCUCCAGGAAACUCUCCUCUCUUGACAGCAUCAUCCAGGAGAUGGAGAAAAAGUGUCAGCAGCCAGCGAGUGAACUCCUGCAGGAUGUGAGAAGCACCUUGCAGAGGUAUGAGAAAAGAGAGAGUCCAGAGAAGCCACUGCCUUUCCCUCCAGAACUGAGGAACCAGAACUUGGAAUCCUGUGAUCUAAAUCACCUUGUGGAGGAUACAAUGAAACAAUGGAAAGAUGCUCUGUUAUUCAGAAAACCGAUUCAGAAAGAUGUCCAGUCAAUCAGAAAUCUCCAGAGAGCAAAUGUCACUCUGGAUCCAGACACAGCCCAUCCCUGGCUCAUCCUGUCCAAGGAUCGGAAAAUAGUGAGAUUGGGAAACAAAAAGCAAUUCCUGCCCAACAACCCUGAGAGAUUCAGCUACUGGUUUUGUGUGUUGGGACGUGAGGGAUUCACAGCAGGCAGACAUUUCUGGGAAGUCAAUGUGGGAAGUGGGGAAGAGUGGGAUGUGGGGGUUGCCAGGAAGUCUGCGAGGAGAAAGGGCAGCUUCCCCUUUAGGCCUGAGGAGGGGAUCUGGGCUGUGGAGAAGUGCAAAGGCAAGUACUUGGCCUUAACCUCCCCUUCUUCCUCUCGUCUGUCCCUGAAUGAGGAGCCCAGGAGGAUCCGGGUGACUCUGGACUAUGAAGGGGGAUGUGUGUCUUUUUCUGACGCUGACUCAGGAGCCGAACUCUACACGUUCUCAGGAGCCUCGUUCUCUGGAGAGACCCUCCUCCCUUUCUUUUAUCUGGAUGACAUUAAAACCCACCUCAGGAUCUCCUGAGGAGACUAAAUCUGCCUCUCAGGCCCAGCAGGAGUUUCUCACCAGACAAGAGUGACUGAUAUAAAAAACAUUUACCCGCCAAGAGUACAUUGGGCAGUUUUUCAAGGGCCCUUUGAGAGGAUUCAUUCCAGUCAAAAGCAGCAGCAAAUCAAAAAUGGGUUGCUGUUGCUUUGUACUGUAUUUUCCUCUCUUUCCCCAGAAUUCCCUCUGCAGCUUACUUCUUCAGGAGACAGUCACACUUUUAACAGUCCCAAUAAAUAAUAUUUUCCUCACCUUCAAUCUUGUUUUCCUUUUGAGAUGUCUGAUUUGGCAGAGCACGAGACUCUUAAUCCCAGGGUUGUGGGUUUGAGCCCCACGUGCAGCAAAGGUUUUCUGUACUGCGGGGGGUGGGACUAGAUGGCCCUCAGGCACCCUUGCAACUCUGCAAUUCUAGGAAACCUUCCUCUCCCCACAAUACCUCAUGCAGCUUUUAAAAUGCAUGCAUCAUUGGAUUAAUAGAGGACUAGAAAAUGAACUCCCUUCACCCACAUCAGUCAGAAUAGCUCCUUGCUCUGGAGACCUUGGAGGGGAAGAAAAUGAAAAUGAAAUUGAACUGGGCAUCAGCUUCAAAUGCCCUCUGCAAAUACAGGCUCACCAUCUCCACACAUUGUCAGAAAUAAACCUCAUUGCAUUGAGUGGGGCUUCUGCCCAGUUAUAGGUGUUCUGAGUGGAUGUAUUAAUGUUCCUUAUUUACAGGCUGGAUUCUGUCUAUCGGGGGCAUCAAAUGGGGUCUCCUCUGGAAAAUGCUGGACUCCAACCCCCCUUCCGACCCAUCCAGCAUGG